AACAAAAGAAACAUUUGCUCGCGAAGGGCUCGUUUGGCGCGCGGUAUUAACAGGCAGAAGAAAGCCCCAACAGUUUUAGGCGCGACUUGCUCUGUCUGUCAGCCCUGCUGGUUAUCUUCGUCUUUUAACAAAAAAAAAUGCGAAGCAACAAGAACGAAUCUGGCUCCUCCAAGCGACGUAAACAAUCAUCAUCCUCAGGCGACAAAAACAAUACAAUUGAAACUCCAUAUGAUUCAGAAAACAGAAACUCUAUGCACUCACUUGAUGGAAGUCUUACAGAUUUAUCACGGCAAUCCGUUGGCAGAAUACUGAGACGUUCAAAGAGAAAUAAUAGCUCAGUUGGGUUGAAGAAACAUGACAAUAAUCUGCAACAAUGUAGUUCAAGUGACAUGCCACGACAUGAGUCAAAAGAUAAUGACAAAAAAGAUGUGGAUUCAAGGGUCAGAUUGGUUAUUUCUGAGGCUGAAGGUUGUAGUGGAGAUGCAACAGGAAACACCUUCAGGGACGAUAAUAUUGUGGGGAGUUCAGUGAACAAUCUUUCAGAUGGUAUGGAAGAAAUUGAGGAUGCAGAUUGGGAAGAUGGUUUGAUUCCUAGUCUAGAUUUCGCAGAUAACAAUGAAAUGACAAUUGAAUUUGACGAGCCGUCGGAUUCUGUGACACGCAAACCUAUUCGUCGUGCUACUGCUGAAGAGAAGGAAUUGGCUGAGCUUGUUCAUAAGGUUCAUUUGCUUUGUUUACUUGCCCGGGGAAGAUUAAUUGAUAGAGCUUGUGAUAAUCCUCUCAUACAGGCUGCACUACUCUCUCUUAUUCCAACGCACUUGGAGUAUAUAACAAAGGUUGAAAAGCUUACUGCUAAGGCUUUGCAUCCUCUAGUGUUUUGGUUUCAAAAUAACUUUCGCAUUAGAAGUUCAACUGAUGAGAAGAGACCAUUUGAUCUGGCUUUGGCCUCUGCCCUGGAAACUCAGGAAGGGACUUCCGAAGAGAUUGCUGCCUUGUCUGUGGCACUAUUCAGAGCUUUGAACCUUACAGCUAGGUUUGUGUCCAUUCUGGAUGUUGCCUCCUUAAAGGCAGAUGUGGGUAAAUCUGAACAUUUUAGCCAAGAUGCCGGAAGACUAAGGAAGGGUAUCUUCAGUACAUCAACACCGAUGGUUUAUAGACAGAAGGAGGUUUUUGUGUCUCCCGUAAAAUCAUUUUCAUCCAAUGAAAAGGACAAUUUCUGUGAAACUUCUUCAAGAGGUUCAUCCAGAAGUAAGGAUUGCUACUCAACAUGCAACGAGACUCAACUCAAAGAUUCUUGUGUUACUGAAUUAAAUGAUAUCGGAUCAUGUGAGCCACAAAAUUCUCAGGCCUGCCUUGCUGAGAAAUCUCAGGUACCAAAGAGAAAAGGGGAUCUUGAGUUCGAGAUGCAGUUGCAGAUGGCUAUGUCCGCAACAGCAAUAGGGGCUCCAGAUGGUAAAGUGGGGUUAGAAGUGAAUGGUUCUGAUAGUAAUUCGUCAGACUUCUAUUCUCCGGCAAAGAGAAUGAAAAAAAUUGUAAAUGAAGGAUCUCCAUCCUCUCAGGCAAUCUCUACUGCAGUUGGUUCAGGGAGAGUUGCAUCUCCUCUGUAUUGGGCAGAAGUAUUCUGCAGCGGGGAGAAUUUGACAGGAAGGUGGGUGCAUGUUGAUGCUAUCAAUGCUAUUGUUGAUGGAGAGCUGAAGGUUGAAGCUGUAGCUGCUGCAUGCAAAGUGACUUUGAGAUACGUAGUUGCUUUUGCGGGAAAUGGGGCUAAAGAUGUGACCCGCAGGUAUUAUACAAAGUGGUACAAGAUAGCCUCACAGAGGGUAAACUCUAUUUGGUGGGAUGCAGUAUUGGCACCUUUGAGAGAGGUUGAGGCAAUAGGAACUGCAGGCACGAUCCAUUUAGAGAAAGACAAAAUCGACGCAUCAUUUAGAAAUCAGAGUUUAAAAGACCCUAAGGUCUCAGACAAUUUGAGCACAAAUGAUUUUCCAAACAAUGCCAACUUGCUUGGAAACUCUGGUCUUGAAGUGCCAAAAGACCAUGGCAAGAAGAUUGCUAUAGGAUCUUCUUUGCAGAGUUCUUCAAUUGCUGCAAGGAGCUCCCUUGAGGACAUGGAGUUUGAAACUAGGGCUUUGACUGAGCCACUUCCAACUAAUCAACAGGCCUAUAGAAACCAUCGGCUAUAUGCUAUUGAAAAGUGGCUUACCAAGUAUCAGGUACUUCAUCCAAAGGGUCCCAUCCUUGGAUUUUGUUCUGGUCAUCGAGUUUAUCCUAGAACGUGUGUGCAAACACUCAAAACAAAAGAAAGAUGGCUGAGGGAGGGGUUGCAAGUUAAAGCCAAUGAACUUCCAAUAAAGGAGUUGAGACGUUCUCGGAAGCUUCACAAAGCAAAAGUUUGUGAAGAUGAUGACUAUAAUUUGGAUGAUUCUGAAGGAACUACUAAACUAUAUGGAAAGUGGCAACUGGAACCUCUGUGUCUGCCUCAUGCUGUUAAUGGAAUAGUGCCAAAGAAUGAGCGUGGUCAAGUGGAAGUGUGGUCUGAGAAGUGCCUUCCACCCGGCACUGUCCAUUUGAAGUUACCAAGGGUGUUUUAUGUUGCCAAGAGGCUUGAAAUAGAUUAUGCGCCUGCCAUGGUUGGUUUUGAAUUCAAAAAUGGUCAAUCACAUCCAGUCUUUGAUGGUAUUGUGGUCUGUUCUGAGUUCAAGGAUGCAAUAUUAGAGGCAUAUGCAGAGGAACAAGAAAAAAGGGAUGCUGAUGAGAAGAAAAGGAAUGAAAUACAGGCUCUUUCUCGGUGGUAUCAGCUUCUUUCCUCAUUGGUAACUCGGCAAAGGUUGGAUAACCGUUACGGUAACAACUUGUCAUCGCUUGCAUCCACCGAUAUCCAAACUGUGCAAGGUAUAUCAAAUUUACAGGUCGGCAAUUGUCAGGAUGAUGAACAAUCUCUUAGAUGUCAGCAAGAAGAAACACAUGAAAAAAAGCCGGAUCCUCCAUCAGCUGCCAUUCCGGAAAACCAUGAGCAUGUAUUCUCAAUUGAGGACCGCAGUUGUGAUGAGAGUUUGGUCAUGACAAAAAGAUGCCAUUGUGGAUUUUCAGUUCAAGUGGAAGAAUUGUAGCAUCAGAGUUUACACCUAUUCUGCAACAACUUGGAAUCAUGAUGGCUAUCUCAAAUCAAGAAUAUGACCUUGUUUUUCUUUUUUCUUUGUUAAUAUUGUACUCUGUAGUAGUUUUCAUAGGACGUAGCACAGAAAAAAAGAACCUCGACGUGUUUUUGAAAUGCUGAUAGAUGUAAAUAGUUUCUUCCUGGGAAAUAGAAAAUUUUAUUAGGUUUUUGAACCA